UGUGGUUUUGAUGCACUCGCAGUUGGUGUCCACUGACUCAUUAGUCGGGUCUAACAUGAGAAACUCAGCCUCAAAGUCCUGCACUUUGGAUCUCAGUACAUGGGUAUUGGCUUUGUUCAUUCAUGCUGAUGUGGCAGGGCCAAAUUUAUCUUGUAUAUUUUUCAUGUAUGUAAUGUAUAGUGUAUUGAAUAGGAGUAGCUCCCCUUAGAAAAGAAGACCAUUUCAGUUUCACUUAAGAUUCCCCCCCCCCUUUGUUGGUAGUGUUUCCCCCUGUUUGUUUACUUAAGCCCACAUGUUCCCCCUAUAAAAGCUGCCACAUGGUCAAGCCACACUUCAGUUCAACUAGCAGACCAACAGAGACAACUUCAUAGUAUACCGGUAUCUUAUGUUCCUCCUAACUGGAGUGGUGUGUCCUGUUUGAGCUCUGUCUGCUCGAGUCAUUUGAUUUUAUUCCUGCUUGAGUGUUCUUUGAAAGAUCCACUAUUCACACUGUGUUGGUUUUUGGUUUUAGUCUUUGGUUUUUAGGUUUUAUUCUUUGCUUUAGUUUCUGGUUUUUGGUUUAAGGUUCUUGUGAAUAAAUUCUUUUUGGUCCUUUUUUUGUUCGAAAUCUAGAAUUCGUCUCUGGUCUCUAUUAAUUCAAUUUCCUUGUGACUUUUCCCUUCAAAGAUCCUGAGUUUAGUUUAAUUUUGUUAGUUAAUCCCCAUAGAGUCUUAGUUUGUGCGAGUUCCCCCAAGUGUGUCAUUUUUCACGGUUACAUUUUUUUACUAUUUUUGGUGGAGAAUCCGGGUAGGGAAUACGUUUUUUUUUAGAAGUUAGCCAGGAAUUGUUUUAAUAUGGACUAGUCAUUUUUUUCAAAGUUUUUUUUCUGUCAUUAGCGGUCUUUAACUAGCUAGUCAAACCAACACAGUGUUGUUUUGGUGGAUCUGACGAAUUCACGAUGGCAGAUGUCCUGACUCCGCUUCAGUUGUGUGGAUUUGAUCCACUGCCUGACGGUCACAAUCAAGUCAGAGAAAAUGAACCGACUGAAAUCAACCCACAGUCAACUAUUUUGGGACUGCUGCAACUUCAAGCCAGUAUGCAGCAAGUCAUCCUACAACAGUUCCAGGAAAUCAACGCACUGAAGGCAACGAUCUCUCAAGUGAUUGGUGAACAGCAACGGCAGAGAGACUACGUUUACAGGCUGGAGUGUGCCCUGCACCACUCCAAAGUAGUUGCAGAAGCCUCACCGGUUCCAGAAAUCCCCACCCCACCGUCAACUGCAGAUGCCCCCAAACCCCAAGUCCCCACCGAAGAGCAAGAGCCCCAGAGUCCCGAAGCCCAAGAAGUCCCCCAAAGAUGCACAGAAGCAGUCCCUGCCAAUACCCCAACCAGUGGCCAGGCAAGCCAUGAUGGUGAUGAAGGCUUGGCGGGAGGCCAAAGUCUACAAGAAGUCCAGCGCAGAGAUCUGGCCAUACGGCGAGUGGUUGAUCUGAAGCUAGGAAAUCCUCAGCGGAUGAGUAGGCAGAAGAUGGCAUGUGAGCCCAAGAUGGUGCAGAGGCUGCUACAUGCAUGGGACCGACUGGAAGUCAAGGGAGGCCUGCUCCUCUACAGGACGGGAGGUACGCAGACCAAGUGUUUGAUGGUGGUUCCCCGCGGGAUGAGGGAAGCAUAUUCUUUAGUCUUCAUCACAGCAUGGAAACACUGGGUUACGGACAAGUGUUGAAGCUCGUGCGUCGCCGCUACUUUUGGCCGAGUCUUCAAAACGAGACUAUGAGCUACAUGCAACAGCACCGAAGGAGAGCGCAGCAUCAGGAGGUCCACACUAUCCCACCACCUCAUUAGUUUGACACCUCAUCCCGUGACAGCAGUUAAAUUAUUCCAGACAAAAGGCAGUGACUGAUAGAUUUGUUGUGUAUUGUAUCGUGUAUUUUUGCAUUUGUUUGUUUAUUUUUAUCAUGUCUUAAUUGUAUUAAGUUUUUUUCCGCCAUUGCUGGCGACAGCAAUAUUUUAAGAUGGCGUGAGUGUGGCAGGGCCAAAUUUAUCUUGUAUAUUUUUCAUGUAUGUAAUGUAUAGUGUAUUGAAUAGGAGUAGCUCCCCUUAGAAAAGAAGACCAUUUCAGUUUCACUUAAGAUUCCCCCCCCCCCUUUGUUGGUAGUGUUUCCCCCUGUUUGUUUACUUAAGCCCACAUGUUCCCCCUAUAAAAGCUGCCACAUGGUCAAGCCACACUUCAGUUCAACUAGCAGACCAACAGAGACAACUUCAUAGUAUACCGGUAUCUUAUGUUCCUCCUAACUGGAGUGGUGUGUCCUGUUUGAGCUCUGUCUGCUCGAGUCAUUUGGUGAGUUUUCUUUUGUAUUUUGUCUACUUUUCAUUUAUCAUGUAUAAUUAUUAUUAGAAAUAUAGUUCAGUUUUCUUUUGAAAGUUUGUUAGCUUUCAAUUGACUCUGGUCAGUUUAGAUCUUUGAGGAAGCUCCAGUUUGAAGUAUUCUUUUACAACUUUUUAUAAUUUCAUUUUGUUUCCAUUUAUUAUUUUACUUAAGACACUAGUGUUUUUUACUUCUUUUCAUGAUGAUUGAUUUGUUCCUACUGUAAUAAGGAAGCUUUAGUCUUUUCAAUGGAA